AUGGGGUCCGAAUUCAAGAGGCGUAAGACCUCUGACGGGCCUCUGCUGAACGGGCCCUGGAACAACUUCAGCUUCUUCAAGCCUGAGGGCUUCCGCCUGCCCAUUCUUCCCAAGGAAGAAGCCGCGCAAGUGUCUGAGCUGCUGGCUGAGCUGGCCUCAGCCCUGCCAUCAAGAGGAUCCUCAUCUUCGCGGCAGCCAGCUGAGAAUGCGCACGGGGCCAGCGCGACCUUCGUGGACAUGCUCGUGCCUGAGGCUGCAAACCUCCAGACGCGCACAGAGAACGGCGCCCUCACCUUCGGCUCCAGCGGCAGUAGCCUGGGCUGGCAGGAGGACCCGCUGGUGAUGCUGCAGCUGAUCGCGCACCUGCGGGACAUCCGUAAUGGCAAGGGGGAGACCGCGCGCUCUCUGGACGCCUACGUGUGGCUGGCCAAGCACCACCCACGCACCCUGCUCGCCAACCUGCCCGAGAUGGUCAAGUGCGGGUACUGGAAGGAUCUGCUGGAGCUGUUGGUCCGGCUGUGUGUGGGGGAGGAGGAGUGGGCGGAGCGCGCUGAAGCUGAGGAGCAGCGCAUGGGCAGCAAGGGGGCCAACCACGCGUCCAGAAAGGCGGCCAAGAAGCAGCGGCUCAAGGAGUGGCGCACCUCGCUCAAGAGCAUCAAGAGAGCGGAGAAAAGGGCGGCUGCAAAGACCUCCCGUGCAAAAUCCAACACAGCGGCGCUGAAGGCAAAAGGGCAGGCAGACCACAACAGGAGGCACGAGGCGCAGCUGGCUGCCCUGAAGAGGGCGCGGAGCAUGCUGGGAGAGGACCCGGUCUAUCGCGCGCUGCACACGGCCGUGGCGCUGCUAUUUGCUGAGCAGCUGCGACGUGUCCUUGCAGACCUGCACGCCGGCAAGAAGAUCUCCUCGCUCGCCGCCAAAUGGGCGCCCACGCCAAAGGGGCACCACGACAAGCAAACGCUGAUCGCGACCAGCAUAGCGGAGCUGCUGUACCCAGAGGCAGAGCACCGCACGGACGGAAUGCCCUAUACUGACUAUGCUGAGCUGGCCAGGCGCUGCUUCCAGAAGGAGUACACCACCGUCCUGCGCAAGGCAGCCCCCGUCACCGAGGUGCUGAUGUCCAAGCGCAAGUGGUCGGAGAUCGACUACAGCCGCGUGGCCUCGGUGUGUUUCAAACGCAGCAAGAAGACCUUUGAGCACCACGACAAGGACCGCCUAGUGGAGUACCUGGCGAGGGUGAAGAAGGGAGAGGUCACGAUCAAUGCCGGUGCCCUGAAGCCCCAUGAGAUCGUGAAGGAGGCCAUGCAGAAGGCCGGGUGUGCAUGGAUGCACGAUUCCAAAUCAGGGGUCAGCGACACAGGCAUGGAAGUGGCCGAGGCCCAGUGGAAGGCAUACGUGCAGAAGCUUCGCGAAGGAGGCGAGCUCAGCAGCGCCAUGGCCAUCUGUGAUGUCUCUGGCUCCAUGUGCGGGCAGCCCAUGGAGGUGGCCAUUGCGCUGUCACUGCUGACUGCUGAGGUGACCAAGCCGCCCUUCAACAAGAUCAUCUGCACCUUCUCAUCCACCCCUGAGCUGCACCUGGUCCAGGGGAACACCCUCAUGGAGCAGCGUGCUGUGGCCUACAAGCUGAAGCCGCAGGACAUGAUCAAGACCCUCUUCAUCUUCUCGGACAUGGAAUUUGACCGGUGCACACACAUCAAGGACAAUGAUGACCUGGUCUACUCCUACGGUAACCUGUCACUUGGAUCGCGCCAGACACGCAAGCGCGAGCCGACCAACUAUGAAGCCGUCAAGGCGCGGUUCGAGGCGGCCGGUUACGCGCUGCCACAGGUGGUGUUCUGGAACCUGAGUGACAGUAGCAUUUAUGGCAAGAAGUCCACGCCCAUCACCAUGCACGAGAAGGGAGCCUGCCUCGUCUCCGGCUUCAGUGGGCACCUGCUGAAGCUGUUCAUGGACAAGGGGGCGGAUGUGGAUGCCUGGAAAGACAAGAUGUCCCCCAUGUCAGUCAUGCUGGCUGCUGUGCGCGACGGCGGCCGCUACGACGCCUGGAGGGCCCCCGCGAAGCGCCCAGAGAGGGAUAAGCAGGCUCACCAGCACAGAAUCUACCUGCCCCUGGCGCCGCAGAGCGCACCUGACCCCAGCCAGAACCCUGACACCAUUGCCACACCUGGCUGCCUCCUUGUCACAUCCGGGGAGUACUCUGCUAAAAUCACCGAGGCUGAGGACCUGAGGAAGGAGGUGAAGGAGCUGCAGGCCAGCAUCAAAGAGGAGGCCAGGAAACUUGAGACCGCCACCGCCGCUCUGCUGGAAGAGAGCAAGAAGCUGCGUGUGCAGGAGCUGGAAGCAGAUGAGCAGAGAGACAAGGCGGAGGAGGAGCGUGCGAAGCUGGCUGAGGAUGUGCUGGUGAAGGAGAGGGAGCUGAAGAAGCUGCGAGAGGAGAAGCACACCAUGAAGUCCCAGCUCGAGCAGCAAGCAAACUUCUAUGUGAGGAAAGGCAAAGCCGUGCGCGAGGAGCGGGAGAAGAACCAGCUGGUAAAGGAGGUUGCAACGCUGCAGCUGCAGCUGGACAAGGAGCUGGGAGCAAAGGAUAUGGCAGCACUUGCGAAGAACCUACGCGCCAGCUCCAAGGAGGAGGAUGCAACGGUGCCCUUGCAGAAUGCGCUGCAGCUGCGCAACGAACAGUACCGGCACCUGCUGCUGCAGAAGAAGAAGCUCGACAGCGACCGGCGCGAGCUCGCUUCGAAAAUGGAUUUGAAGGCAAGCGCCCAAGCUGCGGUGACUCCAGCUCAGCAGCAGCAGCUGCAGGGCAGCCGGGGCGGCAGGCAGGCGCCAAUCCCAUACAACACGCCGGAGGAAGACAUGCUGCCUGUGCGACUGCCGGUGGCCGAUCGGCCUGGCGCGCACGCGCACAGGAGCUCCUCCGGUGCUGCGCGCGCGUGUGAAGCAGCCGACGCUGAAGUGCUCCUCGACGACGGCGAUGACGGCGGCCCGGACGCGGCCUGGGCGGCCGAGUUUGCUGCGCGUGCUCGCGCGCCGGCUGGCAGCCAGGUAGACCGGCAGGCAGCUUCUGCCGGCGCGGGCAGGCCACACGCUGUGGCUGCAGAGAGUCCCGGAGAGGACGGCGGCUGCGCUCAGGAGCAGCUGCAAAUGACGUCAGAGGCGGCGCCCAGGACGGAUGCAUAUGAUGGUGGGAUGGCGUGCUCCAUCCAGAAUGACUCACCGGACUCAGACGAGUGGCCGGCCUGGGACGAGGAGGAGGAGCGGCUGCUGGAGCAGUGGGAGGGAACGGCUGUGGACGUGUCCGUCUCAGUCGAUGACGUGUCCGCCAUGCUCAACAGGGUUCCCCCUGCCAGGCACUCUUCCCAGGGCGCUGAAUGCCCAGGCUCGCAGCCGACGAGCGGCUCAGAUCCCGGCAAGCAGCCGUCCCACUUGAGCAGGCUCGGCGGCACGUGCAAUUCUGCUGCCGCCCAGACGGCGGGCCCGGCCGGCCGGGCCGAUGCGGGCGGCGGCAAAGAGAAUCUGCAGCCACAGGCGCAGCCGCAGCACGCGCUCGGCGUCCAGCUGGCGCGCAGGUGGCAGACGGAUGCUGGCGUUGCCUCCGCAGCCUCCGGCAUGGACGAGGCGGCAAUCCGCAGCCAGGAGUCUUCCCGGCAGCCGCCCGCUCGCAAGCGGCUCAAGCGGCUCUACAGCCCCGACCCCGGCUGCGGCGAGCCGGAGCCUCCAGCCGAACCCGUGCGCGAAGAGGCCACCUUUGAUCUGUCGGACGACGUUAUCGACCUGGACUGUGAUGCAGAUGAUGACAUACAACCAGGCGCACCCGACUGGUGCCAGGACGCGCAGCCAAUCUCGGAAAACGAGGUGCCGCGGCUGUCGCCUCGCGGGGCGGCCUUUGGGAGCGUUGCGGCUGGGCGGGAGAGCAGCGCCGGCGCAGGCGUCCGAUCAAGCUGCCUCGGCAGCGGCCAGCAACUCUCAGGCGAAAGCCUGGGCACCUCAUCGCUGCGAAGCCACCGGGUGCAGGACAGCGAAUCCUCCAGGUGGAAGCAGUCCUUCAGCCACGCCAGCAGUAGCUUGGGCCUUGGUGUGGGCAAGGGGCGGGGCUCUUUCCUGGACAGGAAGCCCGGCAGCAGCUCGGGCGGGCCCAACGGUGAGUUUGUGCGCCGCGGCGCAGACGGCAAAGGCGGCAGGACAACGGUGCUCAAGAUGGGCUCCUUGCAACUGUCAGGCGGAAAGCGGCCAGCUUGGUCUGCCGUGUCUCACUUCGGCCCUGCAGCUCCGCGGAAUGACGUGAAGAGGAGAUCAGAGAAGGCCAGGAGCGCACAUGGCACGGCAUCGAUUGCACAGUACUUCAACAAGGGUCCCAAGUCUUGA